CGAAGUAUAACAGGGCAUAUAGUCUAAGCCACUGGCCCUUACACCCCCUGGACUGCAGCCCAAACAGCCACAGUCCAGAAGUAGAAAGAAGAAGAAGAAGAAGUGAUAUCCAGCAAGCAAUCUUUUCCGGUACCUGUUCAGUCGGAAUGUCUCCCCGAAGGAAAUCCCCUAGAGCGGCCAGCCAGUCUUCAUCAAGACAAGUAUCAGCAAAACUGAAAAACCGUUUAAAACAAAUCGUUAAACCAAAAGGUAAGCCUCCACCUCACCCCGGAAAAAUGAGUAAAAUUCAACCGGUGCCGAAACCGGAGAACUUCCCCAAGUACCUAAUCCCGCAGUCGAAACUGGAUGCCGCACUCCGGUUUCUCGAAAGCGAUCAACCGUACAAGCAGAGGCAAAAGUACUGGUGCAGUCACAAUAUUGCGGCUCGGUCCAUAUCCAAGUAUUGCUCCAAUGGCUACGGACUGCAUGGCCUAAUGGCCAUGGCAAGGCACUGCGCCCAGCGAGCCCUUUGGCCGGAGCUGAUGCAGCUAGUCAAUAUGAUGUGCGAGGAUUUUCGGAAGCACACCUUUCUUCCCACUUUAAAGACCGCUCUUUAUGGUAUCGUGGCUGAUCCAACGUUGUCGGAUCCGGCCCUGCUGGAAGCCUUCUUGUACGCCAAUGCCCGGUGUACCAAUAAAGGAGACGUUGAGUACUGCAUGGAGCAGCUCAUGAAGGUGUUUCAGGGUAAAACAACGGAUGCUGAUGCGAUUUAGGGCACCUAAUCGUUCCAG